GAUCUCGUCUGCCAUUUUGCUUCUCGCCCAACCUCUCGCGUUAGACGAGACCAGAAAAAGAAAAGAAAAGAUGUUGAAACAACAAGGCCAGGAAAAGUUUGAAGACAAAUGGCCGGCAAUGCGCCCUACUGUCCUGCGACUUCUACGUCAGGAGCCUGUCUCGAGAGAAGACUGGCAAAAUCUCUUCUGGACCGUCCAUUCAGUGUGUCUGUGGAAUGAUAAAGGUCCGGCCAAAGUACAUGAAGCAUUGCAACAUGAUGUGUUGGACUUCAUCAAACAAGCACAAGCUCGAGUCUUACAACACCAAGAAGACACAGCCCUCCUGAAGGCUUACAUAGCAGAAUGGAGCAAGUUCUUCACGCAGUGCAAUUAUCUCCCAAAGCCAUUCUGCUAUCUAGAGACCUCCCUCACAGGCAAGGCUCAUAGUACCAUGCAGAAAAACAGGCAAACAGAAGAAAGUAUAGUCAGAAAGUUAAUGUUGGACAGUUGGAACAUGAACAUAUUCAACAACAUCAAACAAAGGCUACAGGACAGUGCAAUGAAGUUGGUACAUGCGGAGCGUAAUGGAGAGGCUUUUGAUUCACAGCUAGUUAUAGGUGUCCGUGAGUCAUAUGUCAACCUCUGCAGUAACCAAGAAGAUCGGCUUAAAAUCUACAGAGAUAACUUUGAGAAAGCAUACCUUGAGGCUACAGAUGCCUUCUACAAGGCCAAGGCCCCCCAGUACCUGGCGGACAAUGGUGUGCAGAACUAUAUGAAAUAUGCAGACCAGAAGCUUAAAGAGGAAGAACAAAGGGCUACUAGGUAUCUAGAAACAAGGAAGGGGUGUAACUCAGUUAUAGCACUAACGGAGUGCUGUGUCCAAUCGCUUGUAACUUCCUAUAAAGACACAAUACUAGCAGACUGCAGGGGAAUGAUUAAACAGAACGAAACUGCAAAGUUAGAGUUAAUGUUCUCUCUGAUGGACCGGGUACCUGAUGGAAUUAGCCCUAUGCUGGAGUACCUGGCCGACCAUAUAAAGGAGGAUGGCUUGGCAGACAUGCACGCUGCUGCUAGUAUAAUAACUACAGACUCAGAGAAAUAUGUAGAACAGCUACUAGAAUUAUUCAACAAGUUUAGUUUACUUGUAAAAGAUGCUUUCCUUGAUGAUCCAAGAUUCUUGACAGCUAGAGAUAAGGCUUAUAAACAAGUAGUGAACGACACAUCUGUCUUCAGACUUGACCUUCCUGCUAAAAACAAAGGUAUUGGUGCUAAGACUCAGCCAGAAUCUAAAUGUCCAGAGCUGUUGGCAAACUUCUGUGAUAUGUUGCUACGUAAGACACCCCUCAGUAAGAAACUCACGUCUGAGGAGGUUGAGAAGAAAUUACGAGACGUGCUGCUUGUGCUGAAGUAUGUUCAGAACAAAGAUGUGUUCAUGCGAUACCACAAAGCUCAUCUGACAAGGAGGCUCAUUCUAGACACAUCAGCGGAUAAUGAGAAAGAGGAAAAUAUGGUAGAAUGGCUCAGGGAAGUUGGAAUGCCAGCAGACUAUGUCAACAAAUUAGCGAGAAUGUUUCAAGAUGUCAAGGUCAGUGAAGAUUUGAACGUAGAGUUCAAGGAAGCGACAAGAAAUAACAAUGAAGAAAUUGCAGGUACGCAAUUUAAGAGUUUCAUGAGAGAUUCAAUCAACAUAAAGAUCUUGAAUGCUGGUGCCUGGGCACGGAGUAGUGACCGUGUGGCCGUAUCACUCCCUAUGGAGCUAGAGGACUAUAUUCCCCAAGUGGAAGAAUUCUACAGGCUCAAACACAGUGGACGCAAACUACAGUGGCACCAUCUCAUGUCAAAUGGCAUCGUGACAUUUGUUAAUGACAUUGGUAAAUUUGACAUAGAGGUUACAACUUUUCAAAUGGCAGUGUUAUUUGCAUGGAAUCAAAGGCGGAGAGAUAAGAUAUCUUACGAAAAUCUACGUCUUGCCACUGAACUUCCCGAUGCAGAGCUUAGGCGCACUCUAGGGUCUCUCAUUGCAUUUCCGAAGAUAAAGCGCCAGAUCUUGAAGUGCCCACCUGACACAAGGUCCCCAAAGGACUUCCAUGACAGCACGUUAUUUUGGGUCAAUCAGGAGUUUGCUCUCAUAAAAAAUGGUAAGGUGCAGAAAAGAGGUAAGAUCAAUCUGAUUGGUCGGUUACAGCUGUCUACAGAGCGCAGCAAGGAAGAAGAUAACGAGGGUAUCGUCCAGCUCAGGAUUCUUAGAGUACAGGAGGCUAUAGUAAAAAUCAUGAAAAUGCGCAAGAGAAUCAGCAAUGCAGCUUUACAGACUGAACUAGUUGAAAUACUAAAAAAUAUGUUCCAUCCAACAAAGAAAAUGAUAAAGGAACAGAUAGAAUGGUUGAUAGAACAUAAAUACAUGAAGAGAGAUGAGGACAAUAUCAACAUGUUCAUAUACAUGGCUUAAAGUGAAUCAGUUAAUAUCUCAGAGAUGAAUCGUUGGCUAUCUCCAAGAUAGAUCCAUCUAAUACAUGGAUCUAUGGAUCUAUUUCUUCAGUGGAUCUCUUCUAGUUGGAUCAGUGAAUAUCUCCUAGAUAGAUCCAUGGAUAUCUUAUAGAUGGAUAUUGUUGAUAAAUCUCAGUGGAUCUCUUCUAGUUGGAUCUGUGAAUAUAUCCUAGCUAAAUGAGCUAGAUCCAUGGAUAUCUUCAUCUAUGGAUCUGUGGAUACAUCUAAGAUGAAUCCAUGGAUUAUAUCCAUUAAAUUGGCCUGAGGAUUUCUGC